ACAAGAAUAACGUAAUCAGACAAGCAAAGAACAAGAUUAAGGCAUAUAUUUAUAUAUAUAUAUAUAUAUAAAUAGGACCGUGAAUGUGAGCGAAAGAACAGGUUCCGUACUUGUUCAUACUAGAUGGGAGACAUCGAGACAGCGGAAGCGAGUUCUGUUGAUGCAUUCCCGAGUUCGAAAAUGGUGUUCCCCGAUCCAAAUCCUAGGAUGCCGAGAGAGAGAACGAGGAGGAGACCUUCCAACAUCAAGCUACCCUCUCGUCUGAAAGAGAAGGUGACGAGUAAAUACAACCAGUAUUUGCCUCUGCACCGGGCAAUAAGCAGAGGUGACUUGGAAGCUGUGAAGGACUUCCUAAACCACCGUCCAGACGCCAUUACCGCGUGGAUAGACCUGUUCGAGACGCCGUUGCUGAAAGCGUGUAACCAUGGACGAGCGGAGAUCGUCAAGGAGAUACUACAGAGGAUGAGACCCGAACAGGUCUUGACCGUAAAGGAAAAAGAUGGUAACUCAGAAAGCACGCCUCUCUCUGUCGCUGCCAUGAGCGGGAAUUUGGAGAUAGCCGAGGCCUUGAUCGCAAAGAACCCGAAACUGCUCGAGAUUCCGGGCGACAGCAGCCUAAUCCCGGUUGCUGCCGCGGUUCAGAACGGACAAGAGGAAAUGGCUCGGUUUCUCUACUGCAGAACCCCUCUUCAAGUUUUGCUUGCUGACGACGGUUACCAAGGUUGCAUCCUCCUUUCAUUGGCCAUAUACUACGGAAUGCUCGAUAUUGCCUUGGAUAUCUUCGAAGCUUUCCCUCGCCUCGCUGUUACGAAACACCCGCGUUUAGAUCAUUCACAACCUCUUGAUGCGUUGGCUGAGAUGCCUGAGCUCUUCCCGUGUGCCUCGAGACUUGGAUUUUGGCGACGCCUAGUCUACUCUUCAACAGAUAUAAGUGUAAAUCCUCAAACUUUUGCAGAGACUUGGAGUUCAAACCAACAUGGAGGUCUGGUCCCCAAGGUACUUGGAGGUCUGUCCAAAUGGUUUGGAAUCUACGAAAUGAAAGAGAUGCAUUGCAGAGCUCAGAAGCUUCUGACAGGAAUGUGUAAGGAAAUAUCUGCGACGGAGGAGGACGAACAGGACGAGAAUGAAAUCCACUCGAGCUUUUUCUCCGCGGUGAGAUGUGGGAACAAGGAGUUCGUGAUGGAGAUGAUCAGAUGGAACCCGGACUUCCUCUGGCUUGCUGACAAAGACAAUCGGAGAAGCAUCUUUCAUAUGGCCGUGGAAUUCAGACAAGAGAAGAUCUUCGAUCUGAUCUACGGGUUGAAAGAGUUGAAGAACAUGAUCCUUGACACCGACCAUGAAGACAACGGGAUUCUUCACAUCGCAGGUGGUCUCUCCCCUCGAGACAAGCUCUCUACAGUCGCCGGAGCUGCUCUCAAGAUGCAAAGAGAACUCCAAUGGUUCAAGGAAGUAGAAAGCAUUGUGCCGGAAAUGGACAAAGGAGAUACGAACCAUAACCACCUCACGGGGUAUGAGAUAUUCGAAACCGAACACGAGCCGCUUCGAAAAGAAGCCGAGGAAUGGAUGAAAGGCACAGCAACCGCAAGUAGCGUAGUGGCCGCUCUCAUCGCGACAGUCACCUUCCAAGCCGUCUUCACCGUUCCUGGAGGUACUGACCAAAGCAAUGGCCACCCUCUCCAUCUCAAAGACGCUCGGUUCAUGGUGUUCACCAUUGCCGACACUCUCUCCUUCUUCGCCUCUUGCACCUCCGUACUCAUCUUCCUCUGCAUCCUCGCCGCUAGAUACUCUUUCGACGACUUCCUUGUGUCGUUACCCUCGAAGAUGAUCUUCGGCCUUUCCACUCUCUUCGUAUCCGUCGCUGCAAUGCUCGUGGCAUUCUCGACCGCGCUUUUCACGACGCUCCACGAGGCUCCGUUGCUGGUGAUCCCUGUUCUACCUCUCGCUUGCCUACCUGCAUCGCUCUUCGUCAUGCUUCAAUUCCCUCUCCUUAAGGAGAUGAUUUCCUCCACCUUCGGCCACGGGAUCUUUAAACGCGACAACACGCCUUGGUUCUGACAUUGCUUUCGAUAC